AUGGAGACCAACUGGAGCUCCUGCUCCACCAGCUGCGGCCACGGCAAACGCAUGAAGCUCACAAGAGCUCGCAAGGGAGCGUCCAGCUGCUUGACUUUGGCCAAAACUGAAAUUUGUCUUUCUUCUCUUGGCUGCAAAAGCGGUGAAGAGUUCUUCAGCGCUAUUGAAGGGGAAGCGCCAGGCCUUCCCGAGGGCUCCAAGGAAGAUCUGGGAAGACGAAUAAUGAAAACCAUUUCCAUUUUGCACACGGGCACCAAGAGCUGCUUCAUCUACGACACAGGGCUGACGCAGCGGGCGUAUGGGACGGAGGGUUUGGUGGGGGCUUUUGGGGCGGGGCUGCAGCUGCGAAUAGUUCAAAAGUUUGACCCUAAAAAAGGGUCUUGCGAAGGCAAGCUGGAGAGCCAGGGAGUUGUCCGCCAGGAAAGAAUGACAAUGGACAAGUUCCGCGAAGUUAUGCUGGAGGGCCACAACGCCGUGCGGCGGCAGCACUCUUUGCCAGGCUUGAAGUGGAAUGAUUUGUUAGCAGCAAAUAUGCUGAAGUAUCUGCAGCACCAAAAUCUGCUGCAGGAGUGCAGGAUGGAGCACUCGCCCCACGAGGCCCGCGAGCUCCCCAACAUGAAACAAGGCAUAGGAGAGAACUUGUGGACUGGCUGCACUGUGGGGCCCCUGCCCACUGACAUUCCCAGUUCCUGGGCCUCGGAGGCGGGCUGCUACAGGUUCGGGAAAGUGGGAAACCCCUGCACGGGCGUCAUGGGCCCCAAGUGCAGCACGGAGUUCCACGCCCACGGGCUGAUGACUGGCCACUACACUGCAGUGGCCUGGCAGCACUCGCAGCAGUUUGGCUGCGCCUACGUGGUCUGCAGCCGCAGCUGUUCGGGGGGGCGGCCGCUGCUGCUCGCGGGCUGUCAGUACAACCCCAGUGAGCCGCAGCUGCAUGCGGCCCCCAGCGGGAACAUAAUUGGGCAAAGGCCUUUCGAACUUUCUGUGGCCAAAAAGAUGCAUGCAAUUUACCCGCAGCUGCUGCCGGAGGCCCCGGAGAACCCAGAGCAGCUGCAGCAGUGCGAGCGCUUCAGGCGGGAGAUGGAACUCAAGAACCCCAAGGUGCAUCUUGCGGAGAAGGAGCAGCAAAAGAAGCAGCAGCAGCAGGCGGCGAGCAAGUGA